AGAAAGGGGUGCGAGCCCACUAGCGUGCUCGGUCUGUCCCGCCUCAUAUAGCCUUCGCAGAGAAGCAAACGCAAAAAGCUUGAAAUUCCGUAAUUGGAGAGAUCGAAAGCUACUCUGACGUCUACCUAUGGUGGACUGCAACCGUUGGGGUUGAAGAAAGAGCUAUCGGCACUCUGGAAAACGAUACUGUGAAACAGGAUGCUGCCCUUUGGAGACCCCGCAAAGCUUAAAACUAAGAGGAUUGUGUUUGAAGAUGUAUUUAUUGCACACGAUUCUGGCACCCUUGAGCAACUGAAGGAGUUGAGUUCCAAGCGGAAAGUGAUUGAGGAGUCCAUUAAUGAGAGCAGCUUCAUCACAGAAGCUAUUGCAAGAGAAAUGUCUGGGGGUUUAACAUCUCGUUUUGAACAGGAUCUGCAAAAGCUUGAACAGUAUCUACCAUUGUUGGAAAACUUGGUUUUCCAUGUUGACUUGGAUGGCAGCAACCGGCGGAUGGUUUGGUGGACUUCAGACCUUAAGAUACGGUGGGCCAGUGCACUUUGCUCAUCAUCUUUCUUUAAUAUUUUGGGUCCAAAGUUUUUCCAAAUUGAUAGUUUGCGAUUUGAGCUCAAUAUGACCCUUUUUCUCUAUGGUGCCAUUCUUCGGGAGAGAGCCUUAGAAGUUCUGCCAGCAGAUUUGGUGCAAUCUGCCACUCUUUUCAGGAAAGCUGCAGGAGUUUAUAAUUAUCUGGCUCAUGAAGUUCUUCCCUCUUUACAGCCUGUGUUGGCUGCUGAAAGGCCACCAGAGGCUGAUUCGUAUCUGUGCCUUGCAAUGAGCUUCAUUUGCUUGGCUGAGGCCCAGGCUGUAACUAUAAAGAAGGCUGAAGAAAAAGGAAACACUGGUGGUCUCUUGACAAUGCUACACUAUGGUGUCAAACAAUUGCUUGAUGAAGCCGCUGUCAUUCUUGACAAAACUGGAGAACGCAAAGAUAUUUCCUCACGCCUUGUGGAUUUUAUUUCAGCCUGCAAGGCCUUCCAUGAGUUGAAGAGCCAGAAGUACCUUUCGGAAGGUCUAAAGAUUUCUGGGCGUGUUGGAGAUGCAGUUGGAAUUCUUCGUCGAGCAUUGACCAAGGCAGAAAAGAAGAUGCCAGUGGAAGAGCUGUGGCGAUCAGUUUUCAGGCAAGAGGUUAAUGAUGUUGGUGGUAUGCUCAGGAAGCUCGAGCAUGAAAAUGAUUUUGUUUGGCAUGAGAAAGUUCCUGCUGAGGAUGAGUUGCCAUUGGUGGAUGGUAAGAAAAUUGUGAGUUUCAUACCUUACCAUCCCCAAAGAUGGGAAAGAGAGCUUGUUUUCAAGAUUUAAAAAGUAAAAAUUUUAAAAUCUACAGGACGGUACUACAGUUGUGUAUAGUGCUUUUUUUAUGACUGCAUGCAAACUGUGAAGUACACAUUUCCAUGGACAAGGGCAGUAGUUUGUUACAAAAAUAAGAUAAGAAAUGUUUUUUUUUU